AUGUCACAGAAGUGUUCGGUCCCUCGUAUGAAGGAUUUAAACAGCCUGCCAGAACAAAUGAAAGCAUUUGUAAGAUCAAUGCAUUGCAGGGAGUAUCCCCUCCUUAUCAACCAGCCUGGUAUGUGUAGGAGGAACAACAGUGCCUAUGGUCUGGAGACACCCAUGCUCUUCAUAGCUGUCAAAUCUCAAGUUGGCAACUUUGAAAACCGGCAGGCCAUCCGUGAAACGUGGGGACACAGUGGUCUGGUGAAGGGGGAAUCAAAUAGGAGAAUCGGAUUAGUGCGCACAGUGUUUCUACUUGGAAGGCAGGACUCCAGUACAGGUCCUUACCCAGACCUCAGUAAUCUCCUGGAUCUUGAGAGCCAGAAAUAUGGGGAUAUCCUACAGUGGGAUUUCAGAGACACUUUUUUUAACCUGACCCUAAAGGACGUGCUGUUCUGGAAUUGGAUCCAGCAAUAUUGCCCUACUGCCAUGUUUGUGUUCAAAGGUGAUGAUGAUGUCUUUGUUCGAACAGGUGCACUUCUGGAUUACCUGCACAAGCAGUGGGAGGAACACAGGCUGUGGAGAGUUUAUACAAAUGAAACUGAGUUGGAUUUGUUUGUAGGCGAUGUAAUUAACAAUGCAAUACCGAACCGUGAACCAUCCACUAAAUACUAUAUACCAGAACAAUUCUACAAAGGUGUGUACCCACCGUAUGCUGGAGGAGGAGGGGUGGUGUAUUCUGGCUCACUUGCAUUACGACUGAAAGAGGUGUCUGCAAGGGUGCGCCUUUUUCCAAUAGAUGAUGUCUAUCUGGGCAUGUGCCUGAACAAACUUGGGCUUUCUCCAAGCCAUCACCCGGGCUUUUUAACUUUUGAUCUCCCAGAGACAGACAGGGGCAAUCCCUGUGCUUACAGAUCUGUUCUCCUUGUGCACAGACGUAGUCCCAGGGAGAUGUUAACACUAUGGAAGCAGCUCCAGGAUCUGCGUAAUCAAUGCUGAGGCUCAUUUGCCAGCCAAAUAAGAAAGAUUAAUGAUGCCACCACACUCAUUUCAAAAGCGUACACACUGCCUCUUCAUGUCAAGCAGGCAGUAGCUUAUAAUGAUCACAUGCAAUGUACCUAUACUCCAAAGAGUUACAUAUCACUGAGAAGGGGACUGUUCUACCUCAAAGGGGUACAAGGGCAUU